AUGUUCAAAGUGAAAUAUAUUUUGGCUACAACCAUCUUUUCAUCAAGGUUGGGUAUUCUGACAUUUUCCAUUCACCACCCUGGAAAAACGUGCUCUUUGCACAAUGUCUGUUUAUUUAGCGGGUCUUUCAACACAGUGGGAGCUUUACACAGCGUUGUCCUUAGUGGCGUCAGUAACAUCUUGUUCAGAGAGUUGGAGGCUUGUGGUUUUGUUCUUGCACCUUGUAGCUGCCUUUCUUUCAUCAAAGCUCAAACUGUAUUUGGAUCGGCUGAUCACAUUGAUCAGGAACUAAAGCCAAAUGCUUUGUAG